AUGGAAAAAGAAAAAGUGGCAGACCUGAACAGCACAGUCACUGAACUGGUGAAUAAAUCUGAAAAGGUGGCGACCAUCCAAAGAUGUCAAGCGAGCAAUGGCCUGAGAAAGCUAAGCCCAGGGAUGGGAAGAGAAAGGGUUUCCUGUGUCGAUAGUACCAGAAUUCUGCAGUCACCCAACCUUGAAGUCUUAGCUGAAAGCCUGAGAUGUGUCGCCGGCCGAGCGGCGGGGAGCAGCCCAGCCGAGGACGGAGCAGCCCGGCAGCGAGCGNCGCGGGGAGCAGCCCAGCCGGGGACGGAGCAGCCCGGCAGCCAGCGGGACCCCGGAGGGACCGGCCCCAGCGCUGCAUCGCAGUGGGCCUGGUUUGCACGGAAUAGUUUCCUUCUCUACCGCACCNGGCGGGGAGCAGCCCAGCCGAGGACGGAGCAGCCCGGCAGCGAGCGGGACCCCGGAGGGACCCGGCCCCAGCGCUGCAUCGCAGUGGGCCUGUCUCUUUUUUCUUUCCCUUAUCUACAGCUCAUUUAUAAUAGCUUUGCUCAGUUUCUGGUGAAGGAGAAAGGAUAUGACAAGGAAUUGCUCACUGUGACUCCAGAGGACUGGGAUUUCUGUUGCAAGGGCUUGGCAUUGGAUCUGGAAGAUGGGAACUUCGUAAAACUUGCAGAUAACGGCACUGUCCUCAGGGCAAGCCAUGGCACCAAGAUGAUGGCUCCCGAGGAGAUGGCCAAGGAGUAUGGCAGGAAGGAGUGGAAGUACUUCAUGUCCGACACUGGAAUGGCUUUCCGAUCAGGAAAAUAUUAUUUUUAUGAUAAUUACUUCGACCUGCCAGGAGCUCUUCUGUGUGCCAGAGUGGUGGACUCUUUAACAAAGCAGAACAAUGGUCAGAAAACAUUUGAUUUUUGGAAGGAUAUAGUUGCUGGUAUACAACACAACUAUAAGAUGUCAGCUUUUAAGGAAAACUGUGGAAUAUAUUUUCCAGAAAUAAAAAGAGAUCCAGGCAAGUAUUUACACAGUUGUCCCGAAUCUGUGAAAAAGUGGCUUCGGCAGCUAAAGAAUGCUGGGAAGAUCCUUGUAUUAAUCACCAGUUCUCACAGUGAUUACUGUAGACUUCUCUGCAAACAUAUCCUUGGGAAUGAUUUUGCAGAUUUUUUUGACAUCGUGAUUACAAAUGCAUUGAAGCCUGGUUUCUUCUCCCAUUUACCAACUCAAAGACCUUUCCGGACACUCGAGAAUGAGGAAGAGCAGGAGGCACUGCCGGCUCUGGACAAGCCCGGCUGGUACUCCCAAGGGAACGCUGUCCACCUUUAUGAACUGCUGAAGAAAAUGACCGGCAAACCUGAGCCCAAGGUUGUUUACUUUGGUGACAGCAUGCAUUCAGACAUUUUCCCAGCCCGUCAUUAUAGUAAUUGGGAGACAGUCCUCAUCCUGGAAGAGCUCAGAGGGGACAGAGACUGGAAGCCUGAGGAAGCAGAGCCUCUGGAGAAGAAAGGAAAGUAUGAGGGACAGAAGGGAAAGCCUCUAAAUUCAUUAUCUAAAAAAUGGGGCUCUUUUUUUAUUGAUUCCAUUUCGGAAAAUACAGAAGACUCCUUGGUUUAUACAUGGUCCUGUAAGAGAAUCAGUACUUACAGCACUAUUGCAAUUCCAAGUAUUGAAGCAAUAGCAGAUUUACCCCUGGACUACAAGUUUACAACAUUCUCUUCAAACAAGUCAAAAACAGCUGGCUACUAUCCAAACCCUCCAUCAGUCUUAUCAAAUGAUGAAACACUGGCAACCAAAUAAUGUAUAUUUACUGAAAAAUGAAGAACCAUAUAUGCAGCAAAUGUACUGUAAAAUGUUAAUUUUAAAAAAAUAUACUGUAAAGUGCUUUAUAGGAAGAAAUUCCUAAUGAAAACUGACCAAGAAGUUGAUGUUUUUCCAUAGGUCGUCUUUCUAUAGAUGCCCAACAACUCUCAUUGUAUCAAAAUCUCAGUAUCUUAGAACUGAAAAGAACCUUACUGAUAUUUUAUAUACCAAUAGUUCUAAGAUUAGAAUUCACCUGGAGGGACACACACAUAUUUUUACACCUAUGCCUAGACCAGUGGCUCUGAAAGUGUGAUCUCAAACCACUAGCAUGGCAUCGCCAGAGGAUUUGAUAGAAAUGCAGAUUUACAGGCCUCACCCCAGACCUACAGAAUUAGAAACUCUGGAAAUAGGACCCAACAGUCUGUGUUUAAUAAUAAUGUGUUUCACACUAAAGUUUGAGAUCCACUGGCUGGACCCUAACCUCCAGAGAUUGGUUUAUUUAGUCUGGGGAUAUAGAUGAGCAUUGACAUCUUUUAUAUGCCCCAGGAAAAUUCAGCCAGAAUUGAGAACUGACCUACACCUUCAGUUUAUACCCAAGGCCACUGAGUCCAGUGAGAUUAAAUGACUUUUCCAAGCUAUCAGGUUUUAUACUAUUCUUUUGUUUUCCAAAGAAGGAAUGAAGACAUGAUUUCUUCUGAUACCACACAGCCAGUAUGGGACAGAUGAUACCAGAAGCCAGCUACUUCAACCUCCAAUGUCACCCAUUAGGCUUCUCCCUCUCCCCUAAUAAUGUUAAAGGCUGUUUAAUUCAUUUUCAUUCACUUUAAAGCAUGUAUUCUCAAAAGGAAAAAAAAUGGUUCUUAGGGUGAAAAAAAUAAUAGUGCCAUGGAUUAUGGCAUCCCAAAGCUCAACAUUACCCAAUAAAACCUUAUUCCUUAGUAUUACUUUUUCUCAUUAAGGAGAAAUAUAAUUUAAAGUUGAGUUAAAUUUAAUUUUUCUCCUUGGAAGCUGGGGUAAUAAUGAAAAAGAAAAGAAAAGGUUGAGAAAAACUGCUUUAAGAGGAUUUAUGGUUAUAUGACAAUCCAGGAUUAUUGUGUUCUAUGUGCUGUGCAUAGUCAUAUUAGUAGCUAUUUGUUGCAAGAUGUUUGGAGCCAGAUAAUGUUUACAGUAUAAAUCCUGGCUACUCUUGAUGCUGUAAUUUCACUCUGUCCAUUGUGAACAGUAACAGAAAACAUAGUCACUAUCAUUAUUUUACUUGAACUGUAGUAGAGAACUUAGCAUAUUGAUGCAUACAAUGAAAAGAUAGGUAUUUUGUUAAAAAAUUUUAAAUGCUCAAAAACAAUCCCAAAUAUGUUAUGGGGCUGACUAUCUCAGGGUAGGUAAACAGUUACUGAAAUUAAUUCCUCAAAAUCAGUAACUUCCUUUGAUAUCUACUAAUAAGAAUAUAAUGUGUUUGAAAUUGAUUUCCAGAAUCUCAUUGGACGAUACUGAGCAUACACAGUCAAGCUCAAGGCUGAAUGAUAGAUGCUGUCUCAUGUAGAUUUUCAAUACACAUUUGAUUUCUUUUAAAAAAAUAAAACUAUUUUUCCUUACACGUUUAUUUUGUAAAUGGCAAAGAAUAAUACAUCUUUAAAUGCUUAUAAACUACUGUUGUUAAUAUAAAAAGUGAGAACCCCAAAAUAAGAAGUUAACUGCCCUUUCGGGCCACUGAGGAGUGAAAAAAAUUCACUCAAGUCAGAAAGAAGUUCUAGUCAUACUUUUACUAAUAUCUGUCUAAAGAAUCUAAACAAGUUAACCACCUAAUUUGACCUUAGUUUUCCUCAUCUUGUUGAAAGAGAAGGUUAGAGUUUAUUUCCAAGUUUCCUUCUACUUUUCUAUCAGGGACAGUCAGUGAUAAUUAUGAAUGCCGUUUUUCUGUUGGACUGUAAUUAGACUUUAAAAAUGUUUAUUUCACUUCUAACAAGUGCCAGUGUUUCUGAUUGGACAUGAAGAUUUAAAAUCAUCCAAAAAUGACAUUAUAAAAAUUAAAAAUAGAAUCUUAGAGAAGAAAAGCUCUAUAUUCUUAAUAAAGUCAUGAGUAACAAAGCAGGAAAAUUGUGCAAAUAGGCAGAAGACUUAAGUUUAAUAUUAUCAAACAGGCAAACAUUCAUCAUCUAAAAGAUACCUAAAAGUAAUUGUGAAGGGAACUGCGAUUCUCUUUGCUGGCCACUGUUGAUCUCAUCAGUAGAGGAAAGAUCUGAAUGACACAGUGAUCAAACAAUGUGUCAGAAUUUGGUAUUUAGAAUAUUGAGGCAGGGGAAACUUCAAUUAAACCUAGAAUUACAGUCUAAAAUCAACUACUGAGUUUGUUAAACUCUAAUUUGAAAUCAAGUAUUAUUUCCCCACCAGUUCACAUCCCACAAUAACUAUAUGUAUUUAAAGAAUAUGCAUGUACAUAUACGUGUAUAUGUAUACACAUACUUUUAGUGAACUUGUUUGAAUGGAAAAAAAAUAAAAUGUGAUUAUAUAACAAA